AUGUCCAGGACACCGCCGCAGUAUGUGACCAACAGGGAACUUCGGUCCAUUGCUCGAUUGGGAUUGUGCAAGUGGCAUAUUCACCAGGAGGAUAAGGUUGUGGCUAACUGGGAGGAUAUCCUUGGAUGUGUCGAGGGUAUCAGCGGGAUGUACGACGAGCAACGGGAAGAGAUCAUUCAAGAUUUGAAGGAACUGCAGAAAGAGGUCGACGAGUGUAGAAGGUUGCUCCUAGUCAAGGAGGAUUGUAAGGAUGCUCUUUCUGUGGUCCUUCGUCGGCAUCUCAACAGAAAUGCACGAUUGAAGAAGGAAUUAGUGGAGAGCCAAGCGACUUGUGCUCAGCUGCAGAAGGAUUUAGCGAGAUUCAAGGACCAGAAAGAGGAAAACUCUCGACUCUCUGCCGAGAACUCUCGCCUAUCAACUUUACUCAAGAGAGCCGAGGAAGAACAAGAACGCUACAAGAACCAGGAAACCAACCUAACUACGGAGUGCGAGAAACUGCGUAAGCAGAACACAGAAUUGCAGGCGGAUGUUGAGUCUGCUAAGGACAAGUAUAAAGAUUUGCAAGGCAAGGAACAGUCAGCAACUAGGGAGCUGAUGGCAACGACUGCUCAACUACAUGAAGCUCAGUCUCUCAACCUGGACUUGGAAAGCGAUAAGCAGACCUUGCAGUCAGAGAUCGACAUCCUAAAUCAGGAGGUGGAGAAAUUGAAUGAUAAGAAUACCUCCCUCUCCUCCCAGCUUGCAAGUACUGCAUCUUCUCUGGAGACAGUGACGGAGGAGCUGUGUGUCGCUCAUAAAGAGAACAUGGGGUUUCGUGAUGAGCUCAUAACUGCAACUAGAGAGAUCAUGGAGCUACGCAAUAAGGUCACUCAGUUAUCGACUCCAGCCUGGUACAAAGUGAUACAAUGGCUUAAACAACAAUUCUCGAGUCUCAGGAAUUUGCGGAACCCCGGCAAAGAAAUGUCAGAUGAAGAGGAGGGAAUUGCGCUGGCCCCAACCGUCGCAGCCAGGGAAGCAGAACCGGCUUGA